AUGAAAGCUUUGUUCAGCUUGAUCCUCAUAGGCAGCGCCUGCUCCCCAGCCAGCGGCGGCGGCAACGCCGCCGCGCCCCUGCCCAGCUGCACAUUUGCAACUGGCGCCAACGGCGCGUGGCGCCUGCUGCAGCGCGACUGCGCCCCCGCCAACGCGCCGCUGCGCCCGAUUGGGCCGAAUCAAGGAGACGCCGCCCGCGUGGUCGUGGCGGGCGCGGCCGCAGCGGCGCCGGCGGCGCCCGACGGGACGGCGCUGGGGACCACUGUUUGGUUUGACGCCCCAGGCGCCGCCAACGGCGGCGGCGGCGGCCAGAGCCUCGUCCUAUUUUCGGACACCG